AUGGCUGAUGUUCCUGAGAGUUCGUUGAACCCCGAUGCACCUGAAUACAUCCCUAUUCCCACUCCGGCGACACUGCCACGGCCACGGCCACGACCACGACGUCGUCCUAUGUAUAUGCUGCUUCCAGUGCAUCAAUAUCUGGCGGUGAUGCUUCCAACGCAUCAAUUUCUGCCGGUGAUACUUUCAACGCAUCCAUAUCCGCCGGCACUUCAACCGCAUCCAUAUCCUAUCAUCGAUUCACUGCCGCAGGAGAAUGUGCGACGACGUCGCCAACGUAGGAGUAUUCCUCCUAGAGUAGGAGGGUUGGAGAGACGGAUAUCUAUGAACGAAACUACUGUCAUGAUCAAGAAUAUCCCAUUUCACUACGACCGUGAAUUGAUGAUGGGAUUUCUAGACGAUUUCUGCUUACAGGAGAAUAGAAAAGCGAGAGAUUCAAAUGGAGAAAAUAUUCAUGUCUUCGCUUAUGAUUACUUGUAUUUGCCUUUGCAUUUCAAAAAGAAUAGGAUCAUAGGCUAUGCAUUUGUGAAUUUCACCGAUCAAAGAACUCUGUGGAAAUUCUUUUUGGCUUUUAGUGACGGAGUAAAAGCGUUUCCAGAUUCUGCAAGGAGCGUUAAGAUUGCAAUUGCGUAUAUCCAGGGAAAAAAUGAUUUAAGGAGACGAUAUCAGUAUGCAAGAUUUAGGAGAGAAGCAAUAGGGUUUUAUCCUCCAAGAGAUGGUUCUCAGAUCAUUGCAAGUGGGGAAAUUUGA